AUGUCCUGGCACGCCAACUUCCCCGCCCCCAAGGCGACUCCUCCCCAGAUGACCGUUCAGGAGCUGGCCGAUCUCCAGGGCACUCCUGGCGUCGACUAUAUCGUUGUGGACGCGCGCCGGACGGAUAUCGUUGGGGACGAGGGGGCUUCCCACGCUGUGAUUCCCGGGGCCGUCAACCUCCCAGCUCAGACCUUUUACCCGACCUUGCCCGUGUCGGCGCAACUUCUCAAGCGUGUCCCUACCGUCGUGUUCCAUUGCAACUCGUGCAGCCCCGGCGGUCGCGGGCCGCGCUCGGCUGGCUGGUACCAAGACUGGGUGGAGGCCAAUGGCGCCGAGUCCAAGGCCUAUGUUCUGGCCGGAGGAUGGAAGGCCUGGGUGGCUGCAUACCCUGACAAGGUGGUCAAAGUGUAG